AUCUCCACAGAUCAGUAGAGAGAUACUGAACACAACACGAAUCCCCAAAAGACAGGGAUCAAAGAGUUUGUUACUUUGCUUUCUUUUCUUGGAUCUACACAUUCUUGCAGCAAAGCGAUAAUGAAGGAGGAGAUAGACCAUGUGUUGUCAUGGCCUCUCAUCGGAGAGAAGAGUAGUGGAAUAAAGGAGGAAGUGAAGAAGCAGCUAUGGCUAGCUGGACCACUAAUAGCAGUGAGUCUUCUUCAGUUUUGUCUGCAAGUAAUCUCAGUUAUGUUCGUAGGACAUCUUGGCUCCCUUCCUCUUUCUGCCGCCGCCGUUGCCACCUCUUUCGCCUCAGUCACCGGCUUCACCUUCCUUAUGGGAACAGCAAGUGCGUUGGACACGGUUUGUGGCCAAUCCUACGGAGCAAAGCUGUACGGAAUGCUAGGCAUACAGAUGCAAAGAGCAAUGCUUGUUCUUACACUCUACUCUAUUCCUCUCUCCAUCAUUUGGGCCAACACAGAGCACUUCCUCCUCUUCUUCGGCCAAGAUAAAUCCAUCGCACACCUCUCUGGCUCCUACGCCAAGUUCAUGAUCCCUAGCAUCUUCGCCUACGGUCUUCUCCAAUGUCUCAACAGGUUCUUGCAGGCACAGAACAAUGUGUUUCCUGUGGUUUUGUGUUCUGGAGUCACCACUUGUCUUCAUGUGAUCCUCUGUUGGGUCUUGGUGUUAAAAUCUGGUUUAGGGUUUAGAGGAGCUGCUGUGGCCAAUGCCAUAUCGUAUUGGCUUAAUGUCAUCCUAUUGUCGUUUUACGUCAAGUAUUCGCCUUCUUGCUCACUCACCUGGACCGGUUUCUCUAAGGAGGCUCUACGCGACAUCAUCCCAUUUAUGAAGCUUGCUAUUCCUUCUGCACUUAUGGUCUGCCUAGAGAUGUGGUCCUUUGAAUUUAUGGUUCUCUCGUCCGGACUUCUUCCCAACCCGGUUUUAGAAACUUCUGUCCUAUCAAUCUGCCUUAAUACAUCAGGAACAAUCUGGAUGAUCCCAUUUGGCCUCAGUGGCGCCGCAAGCACAAGGGUGUCAAAUGAGUUAGGAGGAGGGAAUCCCAAAGUGGCUAAGCUUGCGGUUCGUGUGGUCAUCAGCAUCGCAAUCUUAGAGAGCAUACUAGUUGGUUCGGUUUUGAUAUUAAUAAGGAAGAUAUGGGGAUUCGCAUACAGUAGUGACCCAGAAGUAGUCAACUUUGUAGCCUCAAUGUUGCCGAUUCUCGCCUUAGGCCAUUGCCUAGACAGCUUCCAAAGUGUUCUUUCAGGGAUUGCUAGAGGAUGUGGAUGGCAGAAGAUAGGAGCUGUUGUGAAUCUUGGAUCAUAUUAUCUUGUAGGAAUUCCUGUGGGAUUGUUACUUGGUUUUCACUUUCACUUGGGUGGUCGGGGGCUUUGGCUGGGAAUUAUAUGUGCACUCAUCGUUCAAGGUGUAUGUCUCUCCAUCAUCACCUUUCUUACAAAUUGGGAUGAAGAGGUCAAGAAAGCUACAAGCAGAGUUGAGUCUUCUUCUUCUGGUGUGAAGGAUUUUACCGCUGAGAAUGGAAGGAGAUGAAACUAGGCUUCUAUCCACAACAAUGGAUUCAGGCUCACGAGGAUACAGAUCGUAAGAAGAUGGAGAAGACAUGGCAUAAUCUGAAGGAAACGGUGACAUCCCUGUCUCUGAUGUUGCCUUGAAGUGCAAGUCAUCUCCGUACACACUAGGGUCCGAGAUGCUCUGUUUUAUCUCAGUCUCUCCUUGGAGCAUCUUCACAACUUCCGACAUAUUUGGUCUUAGUGUCGGAGACAUGUUUGUGCAAAGAAGCGCAACUCUGAUCAUUCUCUCUGCCUCAGCUAUAUCUAAUUUGCCCUCUAGCUCUGGAUCUAUAAUUCCUGCAGAAUCCCCUUUCUUGUGCAGCAAGAAAUCCUAGAAAAGAUUGUAAAAACACCAUGAAGGAA